AUGUACCAGAGCUUGGCCAUGGCGGCCAACCACGGCCCCCCUCCCGGGGCCUACGAGGCGGGCGGCCCUGGCGCCUUCAUGCACAGCGCGGGGGCUGCGUCCUCGCCAGUCUACGUGCCCACGCCGCGGGUGCCCUCCUCUGUGCUGGGCCUGUCUUAUCUCCAGGGCGGAGGCGGGGGCGCCGCGUCUGGAGCCACCUCCGGCGGCAGCUCCGGUGGGGCCCCGUCGGGUGCCGGGCCGGGAACGCAGCAGGGCAGCCCGGGCUGGAGCCAGGCGGGAGCCGAGGGAGCCGCCUACAGCCCCCCGCCUGUGUCGCCGCGCUUCUCCUUCCCGGGAACCACUGGGUCCCUGGCAGCGGCCGCCGCCGCCGCCGCGGCCCGGGAAGCCGCGGCCUAUAGCAGUGGUGGCGCAGCGGCGGGUGCGGGCCUGACCGGCCGCGAGCAGUACGGGCGUGCGGGCUUCGCAGGCUCCUACUCCAGCCCCUACCCCGCCUACAUGACCGACGUGGGUGCGUCCUGGGCAGCGGCCGCCGCCGCCUCCGCCGGUCCCUUCGACAGCCCGGUCCUGCACAGCCUGCCCGGCAGGGCCAACCCCGCUGCCCGACACCCCAAUCUCGUAGAUAUGUUUGAUGACUUCUCGGAAGGCAGAGAGUGUGUCAACUGUGGGGCCAUGUCCACCCCGCUCUGGAGGCGCGACGGGACGGGGCACUACCUUUGCAAUGCCUGUGGCCUCUACCACAAGAUGAACGGCAUCAACCGGCCCCUCAUCAAGCCCCAGCGCCGGCUGUCUGCCUCCCGCCGAGUGGGCCUGUCCUGUGCCAACUGCCAGACCACUACGACCACGCUGUGGCGCCGCAACGCCGAGGGUGAGCCGGUGUGCAAUGCCUGUGGCCUCUACAUGAAGCUCCAUGGUGUCCCAAGGCCUCUUGCAAUGCGGAAAGAGGGGAUUCAAACCAGAAAACGGAAGCCCAAGAAUCUUAAUAAAUCUAAGACACCAGCAGGUCCCUCGGGCGGUGAGAGCCUGCCUCCCACCAGCAGCGCUUCCAGCAACUCCAGCAACGCCGUCACCAGCAGCAGCGAAGAGAUGCGCCCCAUCAAGACAGAGCCCGGGCUGUCGUCCCACUACGGGCACAGCAGCUCCAUGUCCCAGACGUUCUCAGUUAGUGCGAUGUCUGGCCAUGGGCCCUCCAUCCACCCAGUCCUCUCGGCCCUGAAGCUCUCCCCGCAAGGCUAUGCAUCUUCCGUCAGCCAGUCACCGCAGGCCAGCUCCAAGCAGGACCCUUGGAAUAGCCUGGCCUUGGCUGACAGUCAUGGGGACAUAAUCACUGCAUAAUGUCACCUCCUUCCCUCCUCAUAUUCCUGCACGGACUUGGGACUUGGAGGACAGCAGAGAUGAGGGUCUGGGCUCCUGGGAGCCAGCCCGCUCUGUUGGGGAAUGACUCCAGAAGAACAACUGGGAAGAAACUUGAAAUUGACAAUUUGGUUAGGGGAAGUGGGUGUUGGAUUUUAUCGGAUGCCUUUUCAAGGGUGGGCUACUGGAAAGAGCCCAAACUCUGAUCUGGAAGAACCCACCCUUCACUAUGAGCACAUUUAAGUCCCUUCUGUGGAGUAAGAGACUUGUUUCUUGUUUUCCACCCCACCCCUCCCGCACAAGAGAUGAGAUGU